GGCGCUCUUCGCACAAUAAUCCCGGACGGAUCCCGAUCAGGCUUCCCAGUUCGAGUCAAAAGUUAUCGAUCCUGGCGUCUUCAAUCAGUUCCCGCUCUCUGUCCCUUGUACUUCUGCGCAGAGUCUCUGCACUCUCGAGACGACCGCUCCGCCCCCCUUCAUCCUUGAACAACCAUCCGCGAUACGGCAGCGUUGUACAGAGACGGACAAUGGCGGCCUCAACAUCCAAAUUCACUUUGCCAGAGGUCCCCUCCCUUCCGGAGACCGAUCCCUCGCGCUGCGUGUUCGACGCGUACCGGACACGGAUUGCACAGCUGCUGUCGGAGGCGCUCCCUAUCUCCCUGGAGCAGGCGUACGAUGGCGUCGACUAUGGCAAGAAGGGCGAGGACUUCACGGUGGCGCUGCCUCGGUACCGCUUACCUGGCAAGCCCAACGAGAUUGGGGCCAAGGUCAUUGAAAAGUUCAAGCCCGAUGAGUUCAUCGCCGCAGUCGUGCAGGACAAAGCUUUCCUCCACUUCCGCCUCAACACCGAGAACAUGAUCCGCUCCGUCCUGGAGCAGGUCACCGACCUGACCCACAACACCCCCUCAAAAGAGCCCGAGUACGGGCGCAACGAGCUCGGCAAGGGCAAGCGCCUCGUCAUCGAGUACUCCUCCCCCAACAUCGCCAAGUCCUUCCACGUCGGCCACCUUCGCAGCACCAUCAUCGGCGCCUUCCUCGCGAAUCUCUACAAGGCGCACGGCUGGGACGUCGUCUCCUUGAACUACCUCGGCGACUGGGGCACGCAGUUCGGUCUCAUUGCCGUCGGGUUCGAGAAAUACGGCUCGCAGGAGGAGCUGGAGAAGGACGCGAUCAAGCACUUGUUUGAUAUCUACGUGAAGAUCAACAAGGACGCGGAGGCGGAUCCGGAAGUGAAGGCGGAGGCGGCGAAGUGGUUUAAGCGCAUGGAGGAUGGCGACGAGGAGGCGCUGAAGAACUGGCGCGUCUGGCGGGAGUUGAGCGUGAAGAAGUACGCGGAGGAGUACAGUCGGCUCAACGUGCACUUCGAUGUGUACACUGGCGAGAGUAAGGUUAGCAAGAAGUCGAUGGACGACGCGCUGGAGCGUCUCGAAAAGAUGGGCCUUAUCGACGACCAUGAGGGCGCGAAGCUUGUCAACCUGGAGGCGUAUAAGAUGGGCAAGGCUGUUGUGCGGAAAAAGGACGGCACAUCCAUCUACUUGACUCGCGACAUUGGUGGCGCGGUCGAGCGGUACGAGCAGUACAAGUUCGACCGCAUGAUCUACGUCGUCUCGUCGCAGCAAGAUCUCCAUCUCGCGCAGUUCUUCAAGGUCCUCGACUUGCUGGAGUACCCGUGGGCGAAGAACCUCGUGCACAUCAACUACGGUCUCGUCCAGGGCAUGAGCACCCGCAAAGGCACUGUCGUCUUCCUCGACCAGAUCAUCCGCGAAGCCGCGUCGGUCAUGCACGAGCAGAUGCAGAAGAACGAGGAGAAGUACAAGGCGAUCGAGGAUCCUGAGGAGACCUCCCUCAACAUUGGCAUCACGGGUGUCAAGAUACAGGACAUGCAGGCGAAGCGGAUAAACAACUACACCUUCAACUGGGACCGUAUGAAGUCCUUCGAGGGCGACACCGGUCCUUACCUCCAAUACGCCCACGUCCGCCUCGCUUCCAUCGCCCGCAAAAACCCGCACCUCCUCCCCCUCCCCGCCCCCUCCCAGAUCGACAUCGCCACCCUCGUCCAGUCCAACCAUGCCCGCGAGAUUGUCUUCCUCCUCGGCUCGUACCCCGACGUCGUCAAGACCGCGAUGCGCACGCACGAGCCGAGCGCGAUCGUCACCUUCCUCUUCCGCCUCUGCCAUGUCAUCUCGAGCGCGUGGGAGACAGUCAUCGUGAAGGGCGAGGAGGACAUCGAGAAGGCGCGCGCGCGGCUGUGGAUGUUCGAGUGCACGCGGGAUGUCGUCGCGGCGGCGCUGCGGCUGCUGACGAUCUCGCCAUUGGAGCGCAUGUAGGGGGCUAUGGUGUGGGAUUGUGUACUAUAAUACGCUAUUAGAUGGAUAAUAGACCUCGAACCGCUCUUCCUUGCGCGUGCGCUUGACCUUGGCCCGAGGCUCUGCGGGAUCUUCGGGCGCUUUGCGCUUGCGGCCCCUCCGCUCCGGCGAAGGUGAACUUG